AUGCCAUUGAAAUGGAAAACGAGCUCUCCUGCUAUCUGGAAAUUCCCAGUUCCUGUGCUUAAAACAUCCAGGUCAUCGCCACUUUCUCCAGCAUACAUAUCUCUGGUGGAAGAGGAGGAUCCUCAUAUGAAAGUAUCUCUUGGUAGCAGCGAUAUGGGCAUCUCUGCCCAUCUACAGUCUUCUAAGACAGGGACCACGAGAUUUUUCACCAGCAAUACUCACAGUUCUGUGGUAUUACAGGGUUUUGACCAACUGCGAGUGGAAGGUUUGCUUUGUGAUGUGACGCUUGUUCCAGGAGAUGGUGACGAAGUGUUUCCUGUUCACAGAGCAAUGAUGGCUUCUGCAAGUGAUUACUUCAAGGCUAUGUUCACAGGAGGAAUGAAGGAGCAGGAUUUAAUGUGCAUUAAGCUUCACGGUGUGAAUAAAAUAGGCCUAAAGAAGAUCAUUGAUUUCAUUUAUACUGCAAAACUUUCUCUUAACAUGGACAACCUUCAGGACACUCUGGAAGCUGCCAGUUUUUUGCAGAUUUUACCUGUUUUGGACUUCUGUAAAGUGUUUCUUAUUUCUGGGGUUUCGUUGGAAAACUGUGUUGAGGUUGGGCGAAUUGCCAACACAUACAAUCUCACAGAAGUGGAUAAAUAUGUUAAUAAUUUCAUCCUGAAGAACUUCCCUGCAUUAUUAAGUACUGGUGAAUUUGUGAAACUCCCCUUUGAACGUCUUGCCUUUGUGCUUUCAAGUAAUAGCCUUAAGCACUGCACUGAACUUGAACUCUUCAAGGCGGCUUGUCGCUGGCUACGGUAUGAGGAGCCUCGGAUGGAGUAUGCUGCAAAGCUAAUGAAGAACAUCAGGUUUCCACUGAUGACGCCCCAGGAUCUUAUUAACUAUGUUCAAACAGUGGACUUCAUGAGAACUGACAAUACCUGUGUAAACUUGCUUUUGGAAGCCAGCAAUUACCAAAUGAUGCCAUACAUGCAACCGGUUAUGCAGUCGGAGAGAACUGCCAUUCGAUCGGACAGUACUCACUUGGUGACGUUGGGGGGAGUGCUGCGGCAGCAGCUGGUUGUCAGCAAGGAGUUACGGAUGUAUGAUGAAAAAGCCCACGAAUGGAAAUCCUUAGCUCCCAUGGAUGCACCAAGGUACCAGCACGGCAUCGCCGUGAUCGGAAACUUUCUUUACGUAGUUGGGGGCCAGAGCAAUUACGACACGAAAGGAAAGACGGCGGUUGACACAGUCUUUAGGUUUGAUCCUCGCUACAACAAGUGGAUGCAAGUUGCAUCUUUAAAUGAGAAGCGCACCUUCUUCCACCUAAGUGCCCUCAAAGGACAUUUGUAUGCAGUCGGUGGUCGAAAUGCAGCGGGUGAGCUAGCCACUGUGGAAUGUUACAAUCCCCGAAUGAAUGAAUGGAGCUAUGUCGCAAAAAUGAAUGAACCCCACUAUGGUCAUGCUGGAACCGUGUAUGGGGGAUUAAUGUAUAUUUCAGGGGGAAUUACCCAUGAUACUUUCCAAAAGGAACUUAUGUGUUUUGACCCUGACACAGACAAAUGGACUCAGAAAGCUCCGAUGACGACAGUCAGAGGUCUGCAUUGCAUGUGUACUGUAGGAGACAAGCUAUACGUUAUUGGUGGAAACCACUUUAGAGGAACGAGUGAUUAUGAUGAUGUUCUAAGCUGUGAAUAUUACUCACCAACUCUAGACCAGUGGACUCCAAUUGCUGCCAUGUUACGUGGGCAAAGUGAUGUUGGGGUUGCUGUCUUUGAAAAUAAAAUCUAUGUUGUUGGAGGAUAUUCUUGGAAUAAUCGAUGUAUGGUGGAAAUAGUUCAGAAAUAUGAUCCAGAAAAAGAUGAGUGGCAUAAAGUGUUUGACCUUCCAGAAUCACUUGGUGGCAUUCGAGCCUGCACUCUUACUGUUUUCCCACCGGAGGACAAUACAGGGUCACCGUCUAGAGAAUCUCCUCUUUCAGCACCUUAGAAACAUCCCUUGACUUACGAUGUUGUAGUAACACCAUCAUGGAAUCUCUUACUUUUCUUCAGUAGUUUCUGUUAGGCUUAGCCUACAGCAUUUCAUACAGUUACUGGAAAAAGACUUUGACAUUAUUUGUGCUGUUUGUUUGGCCUAGAAUGUUUGUCAAGUGGUUAACAAAAAAAAUGUACUCACCCAAGCCAAAUGUUUAACAAAUGAGAAGAUACUGUCUAUAAAAUGUAUGACCUAGGUACGUUAUUAAUGUUGUGUAUUGGGUGUGAGGUACCUUAUAGCUUACAUUUGGAAGCCCGAUGAGUCAAAUUUGAAGACUUUGUAUUGAAUAUGUUCUUUCACUAAAUUUCAUAGUUGAAAUCCUUUUUCCUUUCAUUUUUGACUGCAGAUUACAAGGGGAGGUAGACCACAUCAAUGUGAACUAUGACAGAAGGUUGCCAAGGGGCCUGAGCUACCUCCCUCUUUUCAUGGAGUAUUUUUGACAUAUCUGUUUACCCACCUAAUUUUGUGGGUGCUUUCAGAGCAUAUGAAGUUUCUUAGGCAGAGGGGAGAAAUAAAAUAACUUUAAAAUAUUAGCACUAUACAGGAAGCAGACCUUGUACAGGCUGGGAGUUUUUUAUAACAUACAUCGAGUGUUUUUCCUGAGUCGGUUGAGUGAUGCUUCAAACAAAAGAUUUCAAAUGUUUGGGGUUUUUAAUUUGGUUUUUUUCAGGAAUUGGCUUCCACUUGCAUGGGAGCACACACUAUUAACAAAUGGGAAUUCAGUGCAGUUGUAUAUUCUGUUGUAUGCCUGUACUGAAUAUAGGUAGAUAAGGGCUAGAAACAUUAACUUAAGCCACUGAAUUUGACCAAAUCAUUCCAUCAGAUCAAAUUUAAUCUACCUUUUCUCCUUUGCUGUUGGGAUAACCUGCAUAAUGUGUCCUCUGUAUAGUC